AUGGGCUCUGUUCACCAUGCAAACUCCAGCGCUGUGCGCAAGCGGAUAGAAAGCCAUCACUUCGACGAUGAAGAAGGCGAGGAAUACGAUGCGUCCAAGUUUGGUGGCUUUGGCGAUUAUAUGCGUCGUAAAAAGCUCAAAUUGCAGAACCUGGACGCCGAAAUUCGCUCUUCCUCCCCAGAUCGUCCUGCAAUAUUCCGGGGCGUAGUCGCUCAUGUCAAUGGAUACACGCAGCCGUCUUUGCAGGACCUUCAUCGUCUGAUUGUGAGCCAUGGAGGUGGGUUUCUCCAGUACCUGGAUGGUAAGACUGCAGCGACCCACAUCAUCGCCAGUUCCUUGACCCUUAAGAAACGCGAGGAAUUUAAAAGAUAUCGCAUUGUGAAGCCGGCAUGGGUGGUUGAGAGCGUCAAAGCUGGCCGUUUGCUUCCCUGGGACUUGUUUAGAGUUGUGGAUGAGGGGCAUGCCCAGAAGAUCAUCAAUUUCGAUAACGGACGGUUUCUCAGUCAGACAAAUACUCAGCCUUCUGGAUACAGAGAUCAGACAGAUUCCAGCUGGUACACAUCUCGGCUGAAGGGCGUGGAGGCACCGGGAAAGACGAUCGAGUCAAAUGAAAUUCAGCCUGACAAUAUUCCAACUCCCGUGGCGGAUGAUGCCCCGAAAGUCGGGACACAAUCAGAUUAUGGCGAAUUCCCCAGCUUUGCUUCGUCGGCCCAGGACGUGAACAGAGCGACCACUCCGGUAUCUCGGCCAACUGGCUCGCCCGAGCCCUCAACGCCUUUAAAUGAGACAAAUGGUGCAGCGGGAGACGGUGAUUCACCAAAAUCUCCAAACGUAAUUACCCCUGACCGGCCAUCGGUGCGACAAUCAACGACCCCCAAGGCAGAAAUGACCUCUGAAGAGUACAACGCUCAACUUCUCGCAGAUCCUCGAAUGCGGAAUUCAGGCGUGGUGAACCCGGAGUUUAUUCAGCAGUACUACCGGGAGUCGCGUCUACACCAUCUGUCAACGUGGAAAGCUGAGCUCAAAGCGCAGCUGCAGUCAACUACGAAAGAGAAAUUGCAAUCCCAAGUUGGCCGAAAAAAGCCAGUUCCAGGGGCCAGACGCUAUGUUCUGCAUGUGGAUUUUGAUUGCUUCUUCGCAGCUGUGUCCAUACUGAAGCAUCCUGAGCUCAAAGACCAGCCCGUCGCCAUCGCCCACGGUGCAGGCUCUGGCUCUGAGAUCGCUAGUUGUAACUAUCCGGCGCGCGCUCGGGGCAUCAAAAACGGGAUGUGGAUGAAGGGUGCUCUGCAGGCCUGUCCCGAGUUGAAAGUCUUACCCUACGAUUUCCCUGCUUACGAAGAGGCUAGUCAGAAAUUUUAUGGCGCUGUUCUUUCGCUUGAUGGUGUUGUUCAGAGCGUUAGCAUUGACGAAGCGCUUGUGGAUAUCACGACCCAAUGCCUCGAAGCUGGGGGCUCCGAUGGGCGAGGAAUAUCGGAAGGGUCUAUCUAUCGUGAACAAGCGAGGGCAGAUGAAAUUGCUCAACACUUACGAGACUCGGUCAAAGUAGCAACUGGCUGCGAUGUCUCCGUUGGUAUCGGAGGAAACAUCCUUCUGGCCAAGGUCGCUCUGCGGAAAGCAAAGCCUGCCGGACAAUUCCAGCUGAAACCAGAAGCCAUUUUAGAUUUCAUCGGCAAUCUCACUGUGCAGGAGUUGCCUGGUGUUGGGUAUAGUUUAGGAGCGAAGCUUGAGGAACUUAAGGUUAAAUUUGUGAAAGACAUCCGAGAUCUUUCUCGCGAGAGACUAAUCACCAGCCUUGGGCCGAAGACUGGCGCCAAGCUCUGGGACUAUUCUCGAGGCAUUGAUUGCACGGAGGUUGGGAAUGAAGUUAUACGGAAGUCGGUUUCGGCGGAGGUCAACUGGGGGAUUCGGUUCGUGAACCAAACGCAGGCCGAGGACUUUGUGCGGUCUCUGUGCGAGGAGCUACACCGAAGACUUGUCGAAAAUCUGGUCAAAGGCAAGCAUCUGACGCUCAAAGUAAUGCGAAGAGCCGCAGAUGCACCGCUGGAGCCUGUUAAACAUCUUGGCCACGGCAAGUGCGACGUCUUCAACAAGAGUGUGGUUCUCGGUAUUGCCACCAACGACCAGGAGAUACUAGGCAAAGAGGCAGUAUCGAUGCUGCGUAGUUUCGCCUUCUCACCUGGCGAUCUCAGAGGCUUAGGGGUCCAGAUGACCAAACUUGAAUCCCUGAAGUCGGGAUUGCCCAAUAGACCCGAUGGGAGUCAACGACAAUUAGAUUUCAAAGCAUCUCCGAUACGGAAAAGCAUCGAGCAUGUACCGGACCCCGAUGACCUGGACAGUCCCCGCAAGGGAGAUGCCGCGGCCGUCAGUCGUGGUCCGCCGUUGAAUGACCACUCUCACAAGCCCUUGAAUAUCUCAGGGACUCAGUUCAUCAUGCCAUCUCAGGCUGACCCCAAGGUUGUCGCCGAGCUUCCUAGUGAUAUCCGAUCAAAACUCAUGUCGCAGGGCAAGAUACAGCGUGCUUCUCGCUCCGCCUCGCCCUGUCCACCAGCUCGGUGGACGCAACAGUCCACAACCACGAAACUUCCUCCUCAGUCACAGCUCGACCCGGACACACUGGCGGCUCUGCCAGAUGAUGUCCGUGCCGAGAUUCUGGGCUACUAUAAACAACCCUCCGAGACCCCUGAAUUACAACCAGCCAUAUCCCCUGCGCCCCCACCGCGCCCAAGCUCCUCUUCAGGAAACCUCAAGCUGAAGAAACCGUCAACCCCGACAAAGAAACGCCGUGGCCGUCCCAGCAACAAGGCUCUCGGCAACAUGACCCUGACACAGUCAAACUUUGUCAUCGCACGACAACAAGCCGCCCCCUCACUCAACACAGAAUCCCAACCAUCCUCCCGCCAGCCCUCCACCGACCCAGACCCGGAAGUCUCCGCCGAGUUCCUCGCCGCCCUCCCCGAAGAUAUCCGCCAGGAAGUCCUGGAGGAGCAAAAGCGAGCCCGCCUGCUGCAGCGCACGGGCAUGGCCCCCGCGGCUCCCCGAAGAGUCGUCCCACCCAAACCAUCGGCCCCAGCCGCCACGCAGGAAAAGCGCCUCCGCCUGUCCCCAUUACCGGAACGGCCAACAUUCACGUCCAAGAAGCUGUCCAGUCUGUCCGAGCUCCGGGACGAGCUCAGCGCGUGGCACAAAGCCUUCGCGGACGAGGGACCAUUCGGCGAGGACGUCGCCGCACUCGCUGAGUAUCUAAAACGCGUUGUCGUGGACGAGAAAGAUCUCGAUAAGGCGGUUUCGCUGGUGAGCUGGCUAGCGUGGCUUGCUGAGGAUUCGAAGGACCUGCCGGGCGCUAGACAGCGGGGUGGUGCUUCGCAGGGGACGAUGACGUGGGAUGAGACUGUUUCGACUUUACGGGAGAGCGUCAGUGAAGGCGUCGACGAGAGGGGGUUGCCGCCGGUUGAGUUUUCUUAA